AUGAUUAAACUCGUUGUUUUUUUUUGGACUCUCGCCCAAGUUCUCGCAGAGCUUCCUAUUGGUCUAAUAACCAGCCCAUACACCUCCCAAAAUCUGGUGAACAACCUUGCUGACGAUUUAAUGGGCCUUGAAAAAAGCAUCCAAAAUGCCCUUUCCCUCCCCUUCAACCUAAAAGUUUACUGGGCUUUUUACGACUUAAAAAAAGAAAUUCGAGAAUCCAACUGGAUUAUGCACCAAUAAAAUGGCGAUGCCGCCGAUUAGUUAUCUAUUUGAAAUUGCUCAGAUUUGAAGAUCUUGCUGUGGAAAAUCGAAUGGGAAAUACUAUCUAUGUUUCUGAUUGGCAUUUGGGAAAAAGUUUUUUACUGGAGUAUAUUAGAGAAGUUUAUCCUUAGGUGGAAUUCCUGUCUUAAAGCAGCGGCCAUUAAGUCCUUAAACUGUGUAUUCUCAAGGUUCUGAGACAAUAUCAAGAAUCAGGCCAAAAACCAAGCAGAUUUAUAUUUUGGUGAUAUGCACCUAGAAAAAACUUCUUCUGGAAGUUUUUUUUUUGGGUGAGACGCCUAGCAAGGAGCCUAGUCUUAAAUAAACUAGCUUUCCAACUGGGUAAUUCCUAGUCUCCUCCUCAACAAAAACGUUAGGGUAAUAAUCGAUGCUACAAAUAAUGCUAUCUACUCACAGUUUCUGGCCUACGAAGCAGUUCAAAACAAUUACCUCCACCUAGUAGUUUCACGGUCCUUAGACGAGCUUAAUGGUGAAUUCCCAAACACCAACUCUUUAUAUCUCGAACCUUCCUAUGGAAACCAAGCCUUAGCCUGUUGGGAUUUAAUUUCAAAUUUUGGUUGAAAAAAACUAGCCCACAAUUUAUAAUAGUCAGACAGCAAAAAAUUUUUCCUUAUUAAUUUUAUCAAAUACCUAUCUAAAAUUUUCAAUAAAUGUCAACGUGAAUUUUAAAAAAAAUGCAAAAUUAAUAAGACCGAAAAAACCUCGGUCUCGUAUAUGACCAAAAUCCUAACAAUGUGAUCAUGGCAAAUGUAUUUAAGGAAAAUUAUGACUCGACAAAAGUAACUAUCCUUGAUGAGCUUGUAGUAGAUAACGAAGAUAAAACUUCCUCAGUAGACUUAACGAAUAGGCUGGAAAGCACAACCAGGGACUCUACAGCAAGGGUCAUAUUAGUUUUCGCAAAUUCUGUGAUUGGGUCACAGAUUUUACAUUCAGCAGAUUCUAGUGUUAUGGGCGGAUCAGGCUAUGUGUGGAUUUUAAACAGCAUUUCUAUGAUAGAUUUGCCAGCGAUUGCACAGGAUUCGCAUGCAGAUUUGGAUUCAACAACGUUUGGGGUGCUAAAGACAGGCGCGAUUGGGUUUUUAGAAGAGGAUUCUUUGUAUUUGUCACAAAACCCAUUAGGUGUUAUAAAAGCUGGGCUGACUUUGGUAUGUCAAGGCUAUGUGUAUUUAAAUUACCCCAAUAAAUCCCUAUCAAGGAUAGGUGGGGCCGACCUAAAAGCAUAUAUGAUGACUAAUCCAGCGACCCCAACAUUGCCUUAUCCCCUUCAUUUUGACUCCUCAGGCAAAAAGCAAUCAAAUUACAACCUUUACAACAUGCAAGAAUUUUUCUUAUAUAACGUGGGUUAUUGGGACCAAUCUGCAAGAAAAAUUGUAAUUACCAAUAAAGAAGCCUCAAUUAUAUGGCCAGGUCUUGGUACUUCUGUCCCAGACGACCAAACUCCAAUCAUAAAAAUCGGUCUCUUAUACCCACUUCACAACUCAGACGGAAAUUCCUUUAAAUACGGCCCAGGCAUACAAAAAGGCUUUGAGUUAGCAAGUAAACUAGUAAAUGACGCCAAAAUGUUAGGCGAUUAUAAAAUUAAUGGCGUUUAUAAAGAUACACUAAUGACAGCCAGUCUUGCAUAUAAUUAAAAUAUGGCGUCUCCACCUGGCAUGGCCUCCGGCCACGCAGCUUCCGAGCACAUAUUUUAAUUAUAUCCGGCAAGGUUUUACUAACAGAAAUGGACAGCAAAGCUAGGUAAGCAAUUCUGGUACUGUGCAGAGCCUAGCCCUCAGUCCGAAUUCAGGAUUAGGUUUUACCUCGAGGGGAAGGAAGGGUUCAGGUUUGGAAAGGGCAAGCUCAGCUGAGUCUACAGGGAACACCUAGACCAAUCGGGCAAGUGCCUAGCGUGAAACUGGGAGUUACGCCCCAGGACUUGAAUUUUUCCUUUUUGCCGACAGGUCACCAGAAAUUCCAUUUUUUGGGAUUUCUGUGUGGUCAACCUUCGUCCACCCAAGCAGCAGCCGCAGAAGUCCAUAGCCCGCCCACUCAACACUCAAGCCGCAAGGAGAGGAGUAGACGUCCAGGUGAAAUCUCACUUCAGAAUACCAUGCCACCAGGAGCUGAAGAAGAGGAAAGGCAGUGUCAGAGCCGAGCUUGGCCGGCGAAUCAUUGUCCCAACUCGAACAAGGUGAAUCCGAAGACGGCGCAAAGCAGGUGAACCCGACUUUAGGGUCCGUGGGUGACUGCGUAAUCAAAACGGCAGACGCCUUCUAAUUUCUAAGUUAAGUUAAGACAGCCAGUCUUGCAAGUGUCUAUAUCAGAUCUCUUGGCUCUGAAAAUAUAUUAGGGUAUAUCGGCCCUUAUAAUACAGAAGAAGCUACAGCAUAUAUAGCGGCUCUGGCAAAUUCUGCCGACCCAAAACCAUUAGUCUCAUAUGGAGCUACUGGGGCCAAUUUGACAUCUUCAGAAGUAUACCCAAGAUUUUUAAGGACAAUCCAGCCAGACGGUCUACAAGCAGUGGCCGUUGCUAUGUUUAUUCAGCAGCAAGGCUGGAAAAAAAUUGGUGUCAUAUAUACAGACGACGAAUUUGGAAUCGGGAUUUAUAACAGUUUUAUUACUAACGUCCAGACACUCGAAAUUACUAUUAAAAACAGUGAAAGCAAAAGGAAAAUUACAGCUGCCGUCGAUGGGAUUAUUACUGAUGACGUAAAAAGUGAUGUAGAUGAAGCACUAAAAGAAAUUAUUAGAAACCAAAUAAAAAUUAUUGUAUACCUCGGCAGCGACGUCACAGGAGCUGAGCUUGCCAAACAAGGCUACGACAAAACUCUUUAUGGAAGUGACUAUGCAUGGGUCGGUGCUAUGUGAAUAACAGACAAUCUGUUUUCUGUCAUAAGCUCGUCAUAUUCUAAAAGUGAACAAAGCAAUAUUCUUGAAGUCAUAGAUGGAGCUUAUGGCCUCGGCUUCAGAGGCCCUAUAGACACAGCUGGGGAAACUUUCGAAAAAGCUUACUAUGCUGCUUAUGCUGAAGAACCUACCACCUAUGCUAUGCUUACUUAUGAUACUGUCUAUUUAUACGCCUGGACUAUACAAAGUAUGAUAAACCGUGGAGAAGAUUUUAAUAAUGGAAAACAGCUUAUGGACUCUUUAAGGUCAGCAGACUACACAGGAGCCUCAGGCAAGGUAAAGUUUUCAGAAGGAACCAAUGAUAGAUCUGCAUAUGGCUACACAGUCAUAAAUUACCAGCACAGCAAAGUAGUCUCUGUAAAGGAAUAUGACCCAUUAAAUCCUAAUAUGUUUACAGAUUAUAAUGUGUCACUUGUAUGGGGAGGCGGCCAUUCAAGCGCCCCUACUGACUCCUGGGGCAGCAAAUAUGACUGCCCGUUCCCCAAAAAUAUGGUCUCUAUUGAUUUUGAUGGGGUAAUUAUUGUGAUUUGUAUAGGCAUUUUUAUGUUCUUUUUGACAUUGGCACUUAGCAUGUUUUCGUAUAGGAAAUGGAAACAGGUAGAAAUCCAACAAAUUAAUGACCCUGUUAUAAGAAGCUGGAAAGAUACAUUAGUCCAAGCCACUAUUGCGGUAGAAUUUUUCCAAUUCGUGGCUAUUGCUCCUACAUUUGCGUCACUGAAAAUUGUGAUAGAAGCCGCUUCAAAUGUGUUUAUGAUUGAUAUUAUGAAGGUUGCGAACUCAGGAAAACAGACUUAUUGGACUUUGCUAGCUGUUGUAUGUGGAUUGUGCUAUGCUUGGUUCUUUUUAGUUAUUAUGAUCAUGGCCAAUGCAGAAUACUGGCUCCGAAAAGUCCCAUUCUGUCAAAGAGUUUUGGGUAUCUUAAAUGCGCUUUAUUUGCCUUUCUUUGGAAAUACCAUGUUCUUGCCGUUUACAGCGUUGCUAUUAGAUGCCUAUGUAUGUGACCAUAAAGCUCAGAACAAAGCGUGGGUUUUUAGAGACUGCUAUAUGACCUGCUGGGGCACUGACCAUUCGCCUUAUAUUAUUAUGGCAGGGCUUGCAUUAGCUUGCUAUGAGCCUGUCGCUGUAUUUUCCAGACCUUUAUGGCAGCAGGCUAAAACAGGCCUUAACCUUAUGGCAAAACCCUUUUUCUUGCUCUUCAAAACUUGUGUCCAAAUCCUACUAAUCGCUAUCGGAAAGUCCUUACAAGGUACCUCUCAGCUUGCAUUUGGAGUUGUUUUUUCUGUCCUGUUUAUGGCUUUUACAGGCCUUACCUAUAAAAUCCAGCCAUUUAACUAUAACCGCUGCAACCUAUGGGAAUUUGCUUCACUUUGUGCAGUCUCUUAUUUAUCAAUUUUGGCUACGAUUUCUAACUCAGCUGACCCUAAAAAUAUAGGAUGGUUUAUUGCGCUCAUGAUAGGCUGGGGAGUUAUUAUAGUCAGCGCAUUUUUGGUGCAGAAAAAGUAUAUGCAGAAUUUAUUGCUGCCGCCUGGAGGUGGGAGAAAUCAGAGAAAAGUGUAUGAUGCGCUGUCGCUGAGGAAAAGUAUAAAUGACUCGGACUAUGAUAAUUCAGAAUUGGCAUUGAAGCCGGGAGAUAUUAGUAUUGCAGACCCGUCGGUGCUGGAGCCAAAGGAAUAUAGGGUAUUGCCAAAUAUAAUAAGAAAUGAUGAAGAAAAUGAGAAUGAACAAGAGCAGGAACAGGAGCAGGAGCAGGAGCAGGAACAAGAGCAGGAGCAAAUAAAUAUGCCAGAGAUUGAGCAGGAUAGGGAAGAAGUAAGUGAAGCUCAAAUCAACGUGAGUAGUGGUCAUUAA